CAUCAUUCAUGAGUCAAAUAUAGAAAGUUGGGAUGACAGGUUGUUUAUGGUUUUAACAGGAAUGGAACAAGUGAUGUGAUUGUAAGAAUAAUAAUGACUUUCUGGGAACUUCCCUGUGUUGCUUGGCCUCUCCCUGCUUUAAAGGGGAAGUCUUGGAGCCACCACCUCAAAGGUGUCAUCCCUUUGGUUUUGGGUCUGGGGUAAGGUAUAACUAGCUCAGUCUUAAAGAAAUAAAAGUCUAAAAAAUAAUCUCCAUCCCAGAUGGAGGUACAAUGGGGCUCAGAUUAGUGAUAUUCCUCAAAUGGUAACAACCGGAGCAAAAAAGGCACUUGACAUGCUGGUCAAAAGCCAAGGCCUGGUCAAAAAUAGCAUCUUAAUCUCUGAAGUUGCACCUAACUGAAGAUGAAACAAACCCAAUACAUUCCUUCUGCUUCUUCUUCAGUAGAAUUUAUUAAAAAAUCAGUUAUUUGAAAACCAUCACUUUGUUCAUAUUCUGAGGCUGAAAUGAAAAAUAGAACUGACUGUCAUCCAUAGAGAAAUUAGAUGCACAUUUAAACUUAUGAUCUGUCUAAGGGGAAGCAUGUACAAGGCAAACAAAACAGGACUCAGAACAGAACCUUGGGGCACACCAGAAGACAAAGUUCCCAUCAGAGAGGUAAAAGAAAAUCUGCUGUAGGUUUGAUCGAGUGAUUAUGAUUCGAUAAGCAACAGUGUAGAAGGGUGAGUACUGAGAUCCAGGAAUGCCAUGAGAGAGCAUUCACCCGCAUUAAGAUUAUGUUAGAAGAGCUGAAACAUGUCAACAGUCUUUUUUAUAUAUGUGUACGAGACAGAGCAGCUUGGCAAUCGUUUUUGUUUUUGUUUGUUUGAGGUGAUGAUUUUGUGCCCUGACAUCUUAAAUGUUAUCUUCAACGAACAAGUGGAAAUUAUAAUCAUGGUUGGGGAGAGAAGAAGUGCAGAUGACGCAGUGACAGUUUAACUGAUGGUGCCAAAAGUGAAUCUAAGAUUACCUGACCUGAUACAAGUUGGGCAAAACGAAAUGUCUUAAUUAAGAUUUAUUAAGUGAAUUAAAAAAACUUCAAAAUGAUUUGUCUUCUUUGUUUCAUUCUCAGAUGCCUGAAAGAUACACCAAUUCACCGUCUACUUUGUAUCAUUUAAUGUGUUGUUAUUUUAACUUUUUUGCACUCUAUAAAGCUAAAACCUCGGUCUUUCUGUGUUAUAACUUUUUUUCUAUUUUUUGAGUGUUUGUAAAGCCUGUCUGCAAUACAUUAUAUUAUCCGAGGAGAACAUGAAGCAUUAAGUCACACCUCUGCUAAAACCAAGAAUCUGAGAUUAGCGGCACACUCUGUGGAAAGAAAAUUCAUCAUGGGAUAUUGUUAUUCCUUGUAGUGUAUGAGGUUGUGUGUGUGUGUGUCAGUGUGGGUGGUUAUAGAUGACAGAGCAUUCAAAUACUGUAUAUAUAGGCCAGUGAAAAGUAUUUUUCAAAGUUACACCUUGCUGUGUUUACAUGGUUUGUUUAUCAAGAACCGCUGAGCAUUAAAAACUGAUUACUACUGACAUGAUGGAUUAUGAACACAGUGGACUUCUAAGCCACCAAGUACUUGUCUUGUUGCUUCUGGAAGUCCAGUGGAGGCCAGUGUUUCUUGCUCCAACUGACACCAGCUGUGACUUAAGGAGCACGAAGUCUCUUACCGAGCUAGUGAGACACGAAGCAAAUGAGCUGCUGGAUAAAUAUACAACUUUUCAUGGACCCAUUAAUGGUUUAGUGGACGGUGUCCCUGAUUCCACAAUAUCUGGUAUCAACAUUUCUGAGAAGCUGCAGGACAUCGUCAACAAGAAUAUCCUUUUUUAUUUGCACAUUUCAAAGGUAGAAGAAUAUCAGAAGGCACAUUGGGGCAACCCGGAAUCUGUUGCAAAACCCCUGACUGAUGUCAAGACCAGACUAGACCACCAUUUAAGUAAAAUACAGGCAAUUCUCAAACACAUCAUACCAGAAAUGCCUUUGCCGGCAACGCCAGCCCCACCACAGCUGUCCAACGAUCAUGACUAUAGGCGAAAAAAAUAUGGAUGGGGUGUCAUAGACAAACUGAAGGACUGGCUUACCAAAGUUCUGCAGGUACUUGAGGAGGCAAAGGAAGUGUGUGACAAAGAGACAGCAGAGAUUUAACGCUUUUAGACUCCUGAGAAGUCUGUGAAAAUGACCCUGAUGAUGUCACAUGAUAUCGUCAUGCUCUCUGGUAUAUUCUGCCAUGCUUAAGAUUUUUGUACCGCAGCCCCGGUAAAAUUGUCACCACCAUAACAUCUGCCUCUGGUCAAUGCCAGAACCCCAUUGGAUGUGUGUUGUGGAGAUCAGCGUGAACUUCAAUUUUGCUGACCUUCGGCUGCAAAACCUGGUGGAAAGUCAGAGUAGCACCAUUAUGGCUCACGCAGCUGCACAUGAGAGCACAGCCACUCUAACCACUGGAAAUAAUGGCCUUGCUUUGCAUAAUGUUGAACUUAUGUACUUACAUAAAUAUUUAUUUAGGGAUAUUUAUUUUUUUUAAACAUGAAUUAAUCUAUGUCCAGCAGACUGUGAUGUAAUCUUAAUUAGGAUUAUUUAUAUUUUUAUUGAAUAUGUAUUUAUUUUCUUAAAAAGGUUGAUGAAAACAAUGAUAUUAUUAGUAUUAACACUUUAUUUAUACAAUGCAGCACUUAUCUCAAAGCAGCAUUUACAGCGUACAUGGCAGGCAAAUGUAAAAGCAAGUACAGUAAAAUAAGUAAAGAGAUGUUUCCUAAUAUUAACAGUUUUUGUUUGUGUGUGUUAUAUAAUUUAUUUCAGUCCAAUGUUUCAAUUAAUCUGUUAUUCAUUAAUUAGUAUUUUUUUAGUUAGGUAACAAAACAAGUGUAAGUUGUGUAGCUUUAUGUUUGUUUGUUUUAUUUACUUUCCUGUGAUGUUGGUGUAAAUCAUCUGCUCAAUCACUGAUAGUUUUGACAGAUUUGCAUCAUGAGGACUGCUUACUGUCAUGUUAUGGAAGGAAGGAUGCAACCGUUCUGCAGGAAAUGGCCUUCUGUUCAAGUAGGUGCACUCAUGGGGGUGUGAGUGUGUGCCUACAAGUGAUUUGUCAGUAUUAACUUACAAAUCUUAGAUUAAUGCUUUAUUUGUUAUUUUGUAUGCUUUGAUGACUUGUAUCUGUUUAGUUCACCCUAUGCUUAUCAGAGCAGGUGGUAUGUUCCAGUUAGGUCAGGCUGAGAAGGUAUAAGCCCAAAUACUGGUCGAUAGUUUUAUUUGUUGUUCUUGAUUUUUGUUUAAUUUUUUUUCUAUUAUUUUUGAAUUUCACAGUGUUAUUUCUUGCUUUAUUUCAUUCAUAUUUUUGUUAUUAAACUGUACUUUUUUGAACUGACUCCUGCCUGCAGAUCUGUUUCUUCAACAUCUUUAAAGUUUGCUCUUUAUAUGAGGUGGCAACACUAGAAAGCAUUUUACAUUACAAGCAGUAUACAUUUACAUAAAUUAACAAGAAGAUAAAUAAAUAUACAUAUACACAGAUGAUUUAAUUAUAUAUAUACAUAGACAUAUCUGUACUAUUCUGUGUCAGUUUGCUUUUUAUUUCUUUUGCUAAAAAGAGCUAAAGGUUCUCAUGACAACAAAAAAAUUCAACUUUUAUUCAACUUUUAUGCCAAGGAUUGGGCCGCUUGUUAUCAGUCCUACCCCAUGUAAU